AUGAAGUUUGUCGACCCGGAAGAACAAAAUGAUGAUUGUUUGGGAAUAUUAAGACUUUGUUCCAUUAACUUAUUUCAAACAUAUUUCGCAAAAUUAAUUUUAGUCAUUGCUUUCAUUAAUGUCACAGGAUUAACGAUAUUGCAAACUUACUACUCAAUAAACGGUUUUAGUACCAUACAAUUUAUAAAAUAUGCCCCUGUAUAUUUUGGACGCUUUUAUGUGUUAGUCUGUUUGUCUUUCAUUUUAUAUUACAUAAAUGUCAUGUAUAAGUCAUUUCAAAAAAUUCCUCUUUGGAAAUUUAAUACUGCUGGAACAGCAUAUGAAAAAAGAGUUAAACGAGAUGCUCUCUACACAAAAAUUUAUGUCGUUUUUAUUGUAAUCACAGGCUUUUGCGCUGCUGUUCUCUACGUGAUACCGACAGAAGAAGACCACGAAAUUUUUUUCAUUAUGACUUGGUUUGAAGAUAAUAUGUUGGAAUGGGCUGAUAUUCUAUCUUUAGGUCAUCGACUGACUUUUCUUUUUGUCUCUUUUUUAAUGCAAGCUCCUUGUUUGCAAAUUUGCUAUUUGUUGAAACAUGGCCAAUAUCAAGUUGGUAUCAUAAAGGUUUUGGUCGAAAAUAUACAUUUUGAGUUUGAAAACUUAGACGAAAUAGAUUUUAAUGAAAAGUUUCAUGAUGAAAUAAGAAAAAGAUUAGUGUUUUGUGUUAAACGCCACAUCUCUCUUUUCGUAACAUGCAAUGCAAUUGCUAAACAAGCAGGUAUCUUUGUUUUUCUUUUUGCUGUAACAGGAGCUAUGCUAGGUGUUAGUUUAAUGCUCUUUCUGUUUUUGAACGAAGAGAGUCUAACAUUAACUUAUUUUCGAAUUUGGGCUUUAAUUUUCGUUGCCAUUUUAACAGGAGUCCAAUACAUUAUACAAGGACAAAGUAUAGAAGACAUUACUGUUGAAUUUUUUGAAACGUUAACUCGAAUUAAAUGGUAUUACUGGAACAAAGAAAACAAAGUAAUUUAUCAGAUUUUUUUAAUUAACUCUUCAACACCGUUUUGUGUAAAGUUCUCGGAAAGUUUGGCAGCGAAUUACAAACUAGGAAUCGAUCUGUCUAAAGCUGUAUAUUCGAUGCUGUCGUUUAUGACGUACGUUAGAGAUUUUGUAAUAGCUAAAAAAAGUUAAACAGUUUUUCAUGGUACUGUUUACACAGG